AUGCUCAACAAUCGACUUGAACGUUCUAUCCACCUGGUUAUGAUGACAUCCCUCGCUAUUGUAUCUAUCGCGCUUACUAGCACCAUACUCAAGGCAACAUCCUCAAGGGAGAACCCCCAGUAUUUGCUCUCGAAAACACGCACUCUAGGGUGGAAUAAACCUUCAACUAGAAUUAGGCUUGAAGUCAGGCUUUUAGCUUUUACAGGCUAUGACUUUCCUGAGUCCCUGGUGCCUGACGUGGGCAAAGUGAGACUUGUGGUGGAGGAAAGUGUACGAUUUGCGCUAGACCACCCAGAGUCGAAGACCGAAUGGCUUUCCACCUCUCCCCCGGGAACUGGACAUGUAGCGCUGGAUCUCACACUAGAGGCAGGAGAUUUUACCACAGGAGACUUCGAACAACACCGCAUUGGUGCCACACACGUCUGCAGAGACUGGGGUGAGAUAUAUGACAAUGUCGCUGUCAAUUGGAAAGACAGUCAACUUGCUGCCAUUCGCAAUUCUACUGCACGACUGACUCUCUUCUGGAUAACUUGUUUUGAGCUGGACAAUUUGUUCAGCCUGGUCAAAACUAAUUUUGAAGCCUCAGAAUCUAACAAUCAUCGCUCUAUGCCAUGA